AAUGAUUUCCGAAGCAUCAGUCAGAUCAUCGCCAGCGUACCAAAAUGGCUCCAAAAAUUCAUCUCCUCUUCGUAGUGUUGUGUUUUUAUGUGGGCGUAACUCAUUCGAAAAAAGCCACCUUCAAAAACGUUGACGUCACGCUAACGUGCACCAAGCCGCUCUACAAGCACAACAACGAAGUCGUCAAGAUAGCCAACUCCAACGAUUUGAUGGAGAACCUCAACGAGAGGGACCCCAGGACGUAUGACACCAUCACCAUCUCCAACCAGUCUCUUCCUGUGAUUUACGAAGGCUCUCUGUCCAACCUUUACCUCGAACGGCUCCAGAUCAUCUACUGUGACGUUCAAAUCAUAGAGCCUGGUGUCUUCAAGGACGCCCAUAAGCUGGACUACCUCACCAUCAGCGAAACCCAUCUUCACGAAAUUCCCUUGGGGGUUUUCAAUGACCUGCCGAUAGUAACAUUCUACUUGGACAACAACGAGAUCAAUAAGAUCGAGAGCGGGGCUUUUGGUGGGAUGACGAAGCUGAAGCACAUCUACCUCAGCAUCAACGAGAUGGAAACCAUCAAGAAGGGGCUGUUCAAGGAUUUGCCAGAGCUGAAGCUAAUCAGGGUUGAUGAAAACGGGCUGGAGAAAAUUGAGCCUGGGGCGUUUGAGAACCUGCCGAAGUUGAAAAAACUCGUUUUGGACAACAACAAGCUGAGGAAGAUCGAUGACGGUGUUUUGGAAAAUCUGCCGUCUUUACAGACUCUGUUUUUGCAAAACAAUGAGCUGGAUGGGAUAAACGUGAACACGUUCAAGACUCUGGACCAACUGGAAGUGUUAUGGUUGCAAGGCAACAAACUGAAAGAGAUGAAGAAGGGAGACAUCGACAAUCUAAAAAAUCUUCGCGAACUCAAUCUGAACGAUAACGAAAUUAGAGUUCUGAGGCCGGGUUUCAUUGACGGCUUGACGAAGCUGGAAGAGGUCGAUCUGAGUAAUAAUAAACUCACAGUUAUACCGAAUGGGGUAUUUAGCAAGUCAUCGAUAACAGACUUAAAACUCGGCAACAACGACAUCGUCACCAUCGAACCCGGAGCCUUCGAAGGUGCGCACAUGUUCGACCUGGACCUGCGAGGAAACGACCUACUCGAAGUGACCGUGGGCGUCUUUAACAGCAUCUUCGUCAACCGUCUGGACCUGAGUGACAACAAAAUCGAGGUGAUCAAAGAUGGCGCUUUUGAUGGAUCCAACUUCCAGUUCCUCCAUCUGGACGGAAACAAGAUCCACCAGCUGCGUAGCGGUGUCUUCGAAAACGUCAAAGUCACCGUGGUCUCCGUCAAGAACACCAACCUCACCGACAGGGAUCUGGUGUCCCUCAGGGACCUUUCCAUCAGCUUCAAUUUCAACUCUGGGACUGAUUCCAGGCAAGCGCGCAGCGUGAUUCGAUGAGGCUGGGAGAGAGGCGGUUACGGGUGAUUAUUGUUGGACAGUGAAAGUGAAUGGUGCAUUUGGAAGAAAACAAUGAAUGGGUAACUUGGCUGGUGGUGUGCCGGUUGGGAAUAUUGUACUAAGAUUUGUUGCACCACAAGUGACUUGAUGGACAUGCGGAAAAUCGUUCAUGAACUUUACAGAGGGGUUUAAAUUGUGACGUCUGGAAUGGAAAAUGCUGGAUCCCAGUCAACAGUAAUCCAUAAAUAUCCCUUGUCCGAUUUUAUACAGCGUGGACUUAGUACGUGGAUUAGUCCUCCCCUCUUUACUCAUUAACGUCACAACAUAUCAAGGUCGGACACAAUUCACAUUUUCAGUACUUUUUGAUAAGAAAACUGAGGGCGCUACCAACGUUUUUUCUUCAAGAGUAUGAGGAAGACUUGUGAUAACUCGCUUGAUAGGUAUUUCCAUUCUCUAUCCAUAAUUUUAUUACUUUUGGGAUACUCUCAAGUGAUUAUCGCUCUUAUACUCGUUUAAAAGACCUAAAAACAAACGAUACAUAUCCUAAUUUCAAAUGUAUUCUAAACUCCCGCCAGUUCAUUUCAAUGGACAUUCAAAAUUUCAAUCAUUCACCCUUUGACAGUCAUGACAUCUGUUAACAACUUUUUUCCUACGUUAUUAAAUGUUCCUGGGGCAAUAUCAUUGAAAGUACUUAUUUUUCUAUCCUCCGCGACUUCCGAAAUUGAUUCCGGUUGUGUUUCAUUCACUUCAGAUGUCGCGCUCUCCCCCAAAUGCAUCUAGAGGCGUCGUAUCAGGUGAUCGAGUGGGCUCUUCUAAGGGACUACGUUUUCCUAUCUACCGGUUUGGAAAUUUGUCAAACCCAAAUGAUUUUUCAACUGAUAUUAGGUUUCAGCAACUCUUUAUCACGAGCUGGUGCGAAAGUGACUAUAUAUAGUACUGAAGUGAAACCUUUUAACGUGAAUUCUGUCCAAUCUUGAUAUCGUGUUCCUUUCAGAAGUUAAGAGAGGAGGGAAAUUUUUGUCCGAACUGUAUUGCUUACCAAUUAAACAAUUCUCAAUGUUAAAUAUACCACAGAAAUUACUUAUUUUUGUCAUUCAUGACAAUAAUGACUUCAAUAAAUUGAUGGAUAUAGCUGUUACUUUUCCCUCGCUCAGUGAGCGAGGCCUACUUACUCGUAAAUUCCUUAAAUUUAGCGAAAAAAUCGUUAUGUUGGCAACACUAGAAUGGCACGCAGUGUUCAAAUCGGAGCACUGCACUGCAUGCAUUUAAUUUUACCGGGAACCUCGAUAUUGAUAAAAUAAUAAAAGAGUUUGCUGACAGAGAGACUAGAAAAGUCAAAUUUCAUUGGUUUUUUUUUUGAAAUGGAUACUUUCUUUAAUAAAUGGUAAUUUCAUUAUA